CAUCGCAUUACAGGUGAAAUGGACGUUAACAUCGUUGUCCUCACCGUCUUUCUCCUACUUCUUCCGCUACCAUGUAGGAGUCUAUGCCCCACAUCGCUGGAUUUGCGUCUGUUUAGUAGGACGUUGAUGAUUGAAUUGAAUAGUACUCGAAUUAUCGAGCAGUUUUGUAUAGGAGGCAGCACUAUGGACACGAGUAUGCCGCAAAUUCCGGGUAGCUUCUACGAGGAACCAUUUCCGAUCGUAGUUGUAGAUAAUUACUCAAGUUUUGGAGAGAAAAACGGCGCUGAAAUGCAUAUACCAAACUUCCGCUUGAUAUUUACGAUGCAAAAUUUGAUUCCUUUGACUUGUUAUGCACUGAUUUGGUACUGUAUCAACAUGCUGGUGAAUGCAUACUGUUGGACUACUUGGCAAGAAGGAUUCCGGCGACGGCGUCUCAUCAAUCUUACCACAUCACUCAUACAUUCUUCUCUUGCCGGUGGAUUUUUGCUUCUAUAUUUUCUCAAAAAUGCACGUCUAAUGUUUGCAUCACCAAUGCAUUACUACAGCUACAUAGAAUUACAAGUGGUAUCAUUUUCAAUCGGGUACUUCAUUUACGAUUCAAUCGACAUGGCAAUAAAUGACGUGAUGAAUGUUAAUGGUAUUGUGUUAUUGAUUCAUCAUGUCACAUCGAUGUACUUCCUAUCUAUCUCGCUCUGCACACAUAAAUUUAUGCUUUACUCCUACUGGGCGCUUUUGAUGGAGGUAUCCUCGAUCUUCCUUCAUUGCCGUUCCAUCUUGAAUCAGAGUAAACUGUCUACUACAUCGAUGAUAGGUCUCUACAAAGUGAUCUCCUACCUCAAUGUAGCCGCAUUCCUACCAUUCCGUUUCUUGAUCCAGCUAUGGCUAGUCUUAUGGGCAUUCGAAAACUACUACAACAUGCACUUGUACUACUUCUGCAUGUGGAUGUUGGGAUCAUCCUGCUUUGUGCUAAUCAAUGGAAGUUUGUUCCUUCGGAUACUACACAGUGAUGGUUUCCUCUUCAAGAAACUUUCCAAAGAACAACUUGGUGGAUUGGCCGAGGAUUCCGAAUUCAAAGAAGUUGAAAGAGACGAACUGCUCGACAAACUGUUUGGCAGCAGCUGCUGUCUUUUUGCACUGUUGUGCAGAAAAGGUGAAAUUGCCGGCAAUCAUUUUCCUGGAGUUGCGACGGAGCACCGCGCGCGGUUGCGUUGCGGCUGUGUUUUUAAAAUCAAGUACACAGCCGCUACGCAAGGGCGCGUGAACAUUUUGAGGCGCGAGAACUUUUGA